AUGUCUGAACAGCGUCUCAAAACCAGCAUCGCCAUCCUCGGCUGUGGCGAAGUGGGCGCUACGCUCGCGUACACCCUACUUCAAAACCCCAUCUGCAGUGAGGUCAUACUGGUCGAUCCCAAGAAAGAGCUAUUAGACGCGCAGGUGAGAGAUUUGGGCGAUGCAACGUAUGGUGGGCGGGCUGCGACGAAAAUAAGGGCUGGGACGCAUCAAGAAGCGGGACAGGCGGAUGUCGUGGUUAUCACAGCGGGGGCGAAGCAGAAGCCUGGCGAAUCGCGCCUCUCCCUUCUAAGCCGCAACCUACACAUACUUUCCUCCAUCUUCACAUCAAUGUCACCCAUCUCGCCCCACACAAUCCUACUUCUCGUCGCCAAUCCAGUAGAUAUCCUUACUUACUUCGCUCGUAAGCUUUCCGGUCUUCCAGAAUCACAAGUGCUCGGCACAGGCACAAGUCUGGAUUCUGCACGUCUCCGUGGCGUUCUAGCGCAAAAGGCCGAAGUCAGCCCAAGCAGCAUCGAUGCCUACGUACUGGGAGAACAUGGUGACAGCCAAUUCGUUGCGUGGAGCAACGCCAGCAUUGGAUCAACACCACUACGUCUCGCUUUGUCGGCUAAACUGUCCGACGAGUUCAAGGCCGACAUUGAAAGCCAUACACGCGGGGCAGCCGGUGCUAUCAUUGCGGCAAAGGGUUGCACGGCCUACGGCAUAGGUAAUGUGGCUGCCAGCAUCUGCAAGUACAUCUUGUUCGACAGCCGUACGGUGCGCCCACUAUCGUUCUACCAGCCAGAGCUUGGGUGCUGUCUUUCCAUGCCAGCGGUCAUUGGCCGGAAGGGAAUAUUGCGUGCCAUGCCAAUUCAGCUGGAUGAAGACGAGCAAAAACUCUUGGAGGAUUGCGCGGAGGGACUAAGGGCCGUCAUUGAGGGCGCAGAGAAAGAACUGAAAGCUGAUGAUGAGUUGAGGCACGCCCUGGAGAAGCACGCAUGA